UAUUUCCUACUGACUUCUAACUAUUUUUUCAAUCUAAUAUUUCCCACCGAUUCUCAUCUCUCUCUCUAAAACUUUUGCUUAUUUUACACUCUGCAACAAAACUACGCCUCCACCGCCCUUAAUUUUAUGUCGUUUUUUAAGCUGUAAACACCGCCAUAAGCACAUCUUUCUAUAAAGAAGGUCGACCUGUGUGCUUUUUCGAUCGGAUCCUCUUCUCCUUCGAGCUCAGUUUCAGCCAAAACAAUCGACGGAUCCCUUACUUGUAUUUCAAAUUUCAUUUACGUAAAUCAUUUUUUUAGGUUUCCGUUUCUCUCAAAAUCAAUCUCUUAACAACGCUGAGACAUGCUGUAUUGGCCACGGAAGUAAAAAAAAAAUGUUCUGUUAAUUUGUUUUUAUCUUUUACUUAUUUAAGUUUGCUCGUCGUAUCAAUAACGAUGGCCUGAGAUUGGAGUGAAAUUGAGAAAUUCGACGGAGUUAAAGCAGUAGGUGGUGGCGAAGGUGGUUAAUUACUCUCGUGUGUAUCCGUGAAAGUGAAGAGGAAAAAAUAUGCCUCACAGAACGACUUACUUUUUUCCGAGGCAAUUUCCGGAUCGGUCUGGAUUCGAUGCAUCGUCUACUAAGCAGUUGUUGGAUCACGAGAAGACGAAGCUUCUGCAAGAAACUUUUGGGAGUAGUACUCCAACUAAUACUACUAAUAUUAAUACAGCUGCAAAUGUCACAUCAUCGCAUGCGCAAACUCCAACUACUCCAACCACAACCUCAACGAGAACGACAGUUACGACUGCAGUAUCGGAUCUUUUCACGAGCAGCGACGAUGAAAAGUACCAUCAAAAUGAAAAGAAGCAGUUCGGUAAGGAUCAUGAGAACAAGUUGCAAAAGAAGAAGAAACAGCUCGAUGCUUUCUAUGAUUGGUUAGCUGAGAAAAAAGCUGAGAAGAAAUCGUCCACUAAGCUACGUAGAUUAAUAUCUGAGUAUGACGACGAUGAAGAUGAUCGCCAGCUUUUACUUAAGCCGGAGCCGCCCAAACCAUCUCCUGAGCCGGAACCUGCUGAGCCUCAGAGUGUUCAUGAGAUAGUUCCUGUUCAUCAGCUGGCUAUUAAGGAGCGUGAUGUUGACCGGAACUUUGACCGUCAGGUUUCUUUGCCGAGGUUAUCCAGUGGGAGCAGUUAUGCUGGAAGCUUGUUUUCCGGUACCACAUUGGACGGAAACUUUUUUAGUGACAUUAAGGAGAGUGUUCACCAAGAAGGGGUUCAGGAGGAGGAGGAAGUGGUAGCUCCAGCCGUGGUGGUGGCCGCCUCCGCGAAGGAGGAGGAGGAGAAGAAAAAAGAAGAGGGAAUGAAAAUUAUCAGCGAGUCCCGAAGAACAGCUGAAACUUAUCAUUUACAGCUGGCUUUAGCUAAACGGCUUAGUUUGCAAUCUGAUCUUGCUAGUGAGAUUGUUCUUUUGCAAGAUGGCUGUCCUGAAUCCUCUGAUGCUGAAACGGUGUCGUAUCGUCUUUGGGUUAGUGGAUGCUUGUCUUAUAGUGACAGGAUAUCAGAUGGAUUUUAUAACAUUCUUGGAAUGAAUCCGUAUCUGUGGGUGAUGUGCAAUGAUGAAGAAGAAGGCAGACAGUUGCCUCCUUUGAUGUCACUUAAAGAAAUUGAACCUAGCGAGACAUCCAUGGAGGUUGUUCUAAUCGAUGGGCGUGGCGAUUCUCGCAUUAAGGAGCUCGAGGAUAAAGCUCAUGAACUAUACUGUGCAUCAGAAAACACUAUGGUAUUAGUGGAGAAAUUAGGAAAGCUUGUAGCAAUUUGCAUGGGGGGGACUUUCCCAGUGGAGCAAGGUGAUCUUCAUAAACGCUGGAAAAUCGUUAGCAAGAGGUUAAAGGAUUUUCACAGGUGUAUUGUUCUUCCCAUAGGCGGCCUAUCCACAGGACUCUGCAGGCAUCGUGCAAUUUUAUUCAAGAAAUUGGCAGACUACAUAGGUUUGCCAUGCCGGAUAGCUCGGGGUUGCAAGUAUUGUGUAGCAGAUCACAGGUCAUCUUGUCUUGUUAGAAUUGAGGAUGACAGACAACUAUCAAGAGAAUAUGUGGUUGAUCUAGUUGGACAGCCAGGAAAUGUCCACGGACCAGAUUCUACUAUCAAUGGAGGGUUCAUAACUUCGAUUCCGUCGCCACUACAGAUAUCCCAUCUCAAAGAGUUCCAGCUUUCAUACACGGAUGAUGCACCUUGUCAACUUUUACGUUCAAAGCAUUUGUGUGCUUUUCCUAAAAAAUCUUUAUGUCCGGGCAGGGAAGAAGAAAGCCAACAGCCACGGAGCAUUAUCCAGUUGUCAACUUCUGUUCCAGCAGAUCAAGCUACUCUUAGAAAUGGUUCAUCUUUGAUACCUUUGGAUUUGACAAGGAAUGCUGAAGCUCUUGAUGUAGAAAGGCCAUCUGUACGUGAGUGUUCUUGCCUUGUAACAGAUGAUGUAAUACAACCAACUCCCCAAAAAGAGAUUGUAGGGUCCGGAAAGCCUAUUGACAUUGUUUGUGAGCAAACUAAAAUCAACUCCUCCAGUCAGUCAGAGGUGAAAGAGUCAGAGAGGAGGCUUGGCAGUCGAGGCAGAUUAGCUACUGUGACCAUUCCAAGGUAUUUGAAUCUUGAACCUUCACUUGCAAUGGACUGGCUUGAGAUCUCAUGGGAUGAAUUGCAUAUGAAGGAGCGUGUUGGUGCUGGUUCAUUUGGAACAGUGCAUCGUGCUGAAUGGCAUGGAUCGGAUGUUGCUGUCAAGGUAUUAACUGUUCAAGAUUUUCAUGAUGAUCAGUUAAGGGAGUUCUUGAGAGAGGUUGCAAUUAUGAAACGAGUCCGUCAUCCAAAUGUGGUUCUCUUUAUGGGUGCAGUUACUAAGCGUCCCCACCUGUCAAUAGUGACAGAAUACCUGCCUAGGGGUAGUUUAUACCGCCUCAUACACAGGCCGUCUGCUGGGGAACUUCUGGAUCAGAGGCGUCGUUUACGCAUGGCUUUGGAUGUGGCAAAGGGAAUCAAUUAUCUACACUGUCUGAGCCCUCCUAUAGUUCAUUGGGACCUUAAAUCUCCAAAUUUGUUGGUCGAUAAAAAUUGGACAGUGAAGGUUUGUGAUUUUGGAUUGUCGAGAUUCAAAGCAAACACAUUUCUGUCAUCAAAAUCAGUUGCUGGAACACCUGAGUGGAUGGCUCCAGAAUUUCUUCGUGGAGAGCCUUCAAACGAAAAAUCUGAUGUUUAUAGUUUUGGAGUCAUCCUGUGGGAGCUGGUAACUAUGCAACAACCCUGGAAUGGGCUUAGUCCUGCACAGGUGGUUGGAGCUGUAGCUUUCCAAAAUAGAAGGCUUGCAAUACCACAGAGCACCUCUCCAAUGUUGGCUUCUCUCAUGGAAUCCUGCUGGUCUGACGAACCGGCGCAGCGUCCACCGUUCGGUAAGAUAGUCGAGACGUUGAAGAAGCUUCUGAAGUCGCCACUCCAGUUGAUACAGCUGGGUGGCACAGUAGCAAGUUCUUCCAAAAAGACUCUGGAUUAGGAGCUAAUUUUUGGAGAUAUAAUUAACACUGGUAAACACGAGGCUCAACUCAAUAGCAAUGUGUGCAACUAACAGAACCAUUUUUUUGGUUUCAGGCAACUGUAGAUUUGUUGCUCAUCUAACCCAUUUGGAACGCACUAAAAGUAACGGAAAGUGAAAACCUGCAGUUUAAAAUGCAGAGAAGUACCGUCUGUAUUUGUAUAGGGUUUUCUAUAACUAGCCUUUCUCUGAGCAGUUAAUUUCUGUUAAUUUCUCAUUGUGAUUCCGAAUAUAUUGUAGAAUUCGGAAUCUACGUUCCAGUUUGUAUUUUGUUUAAUUAAAAAUGCAAUUUGGACUGUAAUGAGGUAGAUCCUCUUAAAAUUAAUUGCAUGAUGCUGUAAUAAUGGAAUGAAUCGAACUGUUGGGGUAA